GGCGGGCGGGAAGGGAGCGGAGACACAACAAAUAUGGCGGCUACUGCUGCGACGCUGACGAACGCUGAGGCGGUGGUGGCGGCGGCGGCGACGGUAGUGAAAAAGGCUGUGGGGAUCCCUCGGUGCGGUUGCCAGGAGAUAUAACAGACUUUCAACUUAAAGAAAGAAAGAAAAAAGCACCAAGAUGGGUGAAAAGAAACCAGAGCCUUUGGAUUUUGUAAAAGAUUUCCAGGAAUACCUGACACAGCAGACGCAUCAUGUGAACAUGAUUUCAGGAUCAGUUAGUGGGGACAAAGAAGCAGAGACUCUUCAGGGAGCUGGAACAGAUGGUGAUCAAAACGGACUUGAUCACCCAUCUGUUGAAGUUUCCCUGGAUGAAAACUCAGGAAUGUUAGUAGACGGGUUUGAAAGGACCUUCGAUGGGAAGCUCAAGUGUCGGUACUGCAACUAUGCCAGCAAAGGAACAGCCAGGCUCAUUGAGCAUAUCAGAAUCCACACAGGCGAGAAGCCUCACAGGUGUCACUUAUGUCCAUUUGCAUCUGCUUACGAGCGCCACCUGGAAGCCCAUAUGCGCUCUCACACUGGGGAAAAACCAUACAAAUGUGAAUUGUGUUCCUUCCGCUGCAGUGACCGAAGUAACCUGUCCCACCAUCGAAGGCGCAAACAUAAAAUGGUACCAAUUAAAGGUACUAGGUCUUCCUUAAGCAGCAAGAAAAUGUGGGGAGUUUUACAAAAGAAAACAAGCAAUCUGGGGUAUAGCAGAAGAGCACUAAUCAACUUAAGUCCACCUUCCAUGGUGGUCCAGAAACCAGACUACCUUAAUGAUUUUACACACGAAAUCCCAAAUAUUCAGACUGACUCCUAUGAAGCUAUGGCUAAAACUACACCAACUGGUGGCCUGCCAAGGGACCCCCAAGAACUCAUGGUUGACAACCCUUUGAAUCAGCUCUCUACUUUAGCAGGACAGUUGUCCAGCUUGCCACCAGAAAACCAAAACCCUGCCUCUCCUGAUGUAGAUCCCUGCCCUGAUGAAAAGCCUUUCAUGAUUCAGCAGCCCUCUGCCCAGGCAGUUGUCUCUGCUGUGUCAGCAAGUAUUCCUCAGAGCUCCUCCCCCACAAGUCCUGAACCUCGGCCGUCGCAUAGUCAGAGGAACUACAGUCCAGUGGCAGGGCCCAGCAGUGAACCAAGUGCCCACACCAGUACUCCCAGCCUAGGAAACAGCCAGCCAAGCACUCCAGCUCCAACCCUGCCGGUCCAGGAUCCUCAGCUUCUACACCACUGCCAGCACUGUGAUAUGUACUUUGCAGACAAUAUCCUUUACACUAUUCACAUGGGAUGCCAUGGGUAUGAAAAUCCUUUUCAGUGUAAUAUAUGUGGAUGCAAAUGUAAAAACAAGUAUGAUUUUGCCUGCCAUUUUGCAAGAGGGCAACAUAACCAGCACUGAACACAAUCAACAUUGUUCUCACUUGAUUUGGCCUUUUGGGAGUUUGUAGUUUGGUUUUUAGUUUGAUCAUCCCUAAUAAGGUAUAUGCUAAUUUAAAAUUUAUACAUUCUAGUCUAUAAAAUAGAAGUUUGAUAGUGAAAAAGGGUUUUGUUAACUUUUCAUAAAAGUCUGGUCAGGGUUAUUUAUGCAUUAGCUAGUGAGGUGCAUCGAUGUCUUUUCCAUUUAGACUUAUGAGAGUUAAAGUACAGUCUAAAUCAGUUUCCUACACUUGUCCAUAAGGACUCCCAGGGUUAUCUGUACUCCUGAUGCUUCAGGAUAUACAUUACAGCUAACGUUCUUUCUGCCAUAUGUCAAAAUGGCACAAUAAACUUCUCAUAAAAUCUUUUAUAACAUUUCAGUGUUUAUAGACAAACUGCCUUUAAGUUUGCUCCUAAUUAAAAUACUAUUUUCAUUCACAUAAGUUGAAUUAGUUUCAUUACAACCAAAACUAGUAGUAAUUUCAGUGUAAUAAAUACUUCUCUUCAAGGAGAAGUAUAAAACAGUUCUUUUCAAAUUUAAGUUAUAAAAUGAAAAUCUUGGAAGUUGAAAUUUGAGGCUAAAUUGAAAAUUGUGUUUGGUAUUUGAGAUAUCUGUUCAUUUAAUGUGUAAACAUGUUAGUUUUUAGUUUUUCAUUUAUAUAUGUAUUUAUAUAUUUUGAGUAUUAUUUUAAAGCCACAGAUAAGUAUACUAGAGUGCUAGAUGCCUUUUUUCAAUCUGAAUCUUUCAUUUAAAUUCUGCAUUCAUCUAUUACUGGUGUCAGGUAAGAUUGACAGCCACACUGAUUAUUUUAUUCUUCCUAGUCUUUGAUGACCAAAGAGGAAGUGAGCUCAUCCAUCCUAUUACGAUGCUUCCAAACAGCCUCCAGAGUCUCCUUUUCUGCCUUCUGUACAUAAUUGCCCAUAAUGUCCACGAAGGGUUGGUCUAGAAACCCAGAGAUGUAAUAGUGAGGAAGCAGCUACACACCCAGAGCAUGCCCAGACAGAGCCUACUUGCCUCUCCAGAGCAGAGUAGGCCAUGGAAGUCCUCCCUGUGAGUCUUUAUGGACAGAGACGGUGAGACAGUCACCACAGUGGGAAAGGGUAGAGUUCUUAUGAAGCACAUUUCAAUGUGACAGUUAACUUACUUAGAAUUAGAGUGGUUCAUUUUAUAUAGGAAGCCAUUAUUUUUGUAUUGUGUAAUAAGUAGCUUACUCUGAAGAGAGCCUGGCAAAACAAUAAAACAUUGUCACUUA